UGUUUAUGAGGCUUUAGGAUUUUCUUAUUGCAAAGGACGGCAAAUAUACUUGACAACAGCAUCGACGACCUGACUAACAUAUGCUGUCAAAGUCUUUCAGGCUCGUUCUUAAUGUUGGGGUUGAAUAGCGUUAAGACGAUUUUUUUUUACAUUUGUUUUUGUAUGUUUGUUUUACAAGUCACGUGUUAGGAUUUCGGUGUAAACAACAACUCGGGUUCUCGCACGCUUUCUCUUUCUCCUGGAUAUUUCUAUAGCAUUCGGUGUAAACAACAACUCGGGUUCUCGCACGCUUUCUCUUUCUCCUGGAUAUUUCUAUAGCAGGUUUGGUGUGUGUUUUAUCCUCUGGCAAUUAAAAUAAAGAAGACAAAUGUGAAAGGGAGCGGCGGAGAAAAUUGCUGCCUCAUCCUUUAUCAGCAGCGCCGUGAGUCAGCAAGCCCGUCGCCCCCCGCGCGCGCGCGCACGCGCUCGCUCUCUAUCUCUCUGUCCCCGUGUGUCUCUCAGCGCACUUCUCCCUUUACUCUAACUUUCAUAAACAUCGAAUUUCCUCUUUCACAAUGAUGUAGAUGUAAUUUAGCAUGAAAAUGUCUAGCAGCAAGAAUUCAGAGUUCAGGUUCCAGUCGUCGGUGCACAGUGCGCACAUACUGCGCUGUCUGGAUGAACAAAGGCAGAAGGACUUCCUGUGUGAUGUGACAGUGGUGGCUGAGAACCGCAGUUUCAGGGCCCAUCGCUCGGUUCUCGCCUCCUGCAGUGAAUACUUCAGCGCCCGCAUAACCAACCACACAGGCCAGGGACUCGUGAUCAAUUUGCCUGAUGAAGUAACAGCUGAAGGAUUUGAACCCUUGCUGCAGUUUGCAUACACUUCAAAACUACUCUUCACCAAAGAGAAUGUGCUGGAGAUCCAUAACUGUGCCACUGUGCUGGGUUUCAAAAACUUGGACAUAGCUUGCUUUGACUUCAUCUUGCCCAGGUUCUUCGACAGCAACGUAGGUUCUUCAAAGGUCCAGCGGAAUCAGUGCUGCAAGACCAAAUGCUGGAAAGCCAAGGCUGAAUCAGGAUUCUACAAGGAUGGUGCUAAUGAUAAUGCUGAUGUUUCGUCCGUGACUCGGCCCUCGAAGAAACAGGAGCCAAACAUCUCCUCAAAUCUCAGUGAAAAGGCAGGGAGAACCUGUAGCCCGUGUCAAGUUGACACUGAGGCAGAUACAGAAGUAGAGUCAGACUACUCCUCACUUUGUCCGAAAUACCGCAAGUUUCAGCUCGCCUGUGGAAAAAGCCAGUCUUACACAGACACGGAACCAGAGAACACUGUGAGUACCUGCUCUCUAAACUGCCUGCCUUGCUCCAGCUAUGAAAAAUGUGAGGCUACAGACACCGUGGCUAGCAAGACCUCAACAGGAAUCACCGACGAGGAUGCCAUGACUUUUUGCUGCUCAUUAACAAAGCAAUCACCAAUUGAAACACCUCAAAAUGUUUGCUCAGGCAAGACACUUCCACAGAUGUGUCCAAUGACUGCAUCCUGCAGUCUCAGAGGUUCUUUUUCUCCUCCUCCAAAAGCUGAAGAAAUGGAUGAAAGUGCUUCUGUGCAAGUCACGGGGAAAGAGUGCGCAGUAUCCGAUUGUAGAACUGGAGCUGUUUCCCUGAACCCAGGAAAAGAGGAAAGGAGCAGUGUGGAGAUGGAGGUGGCUAACCAGCUCAGUGCCUGGCCCGAUGUUUGCAGCUCGCGUGUCUCAGAGGCCGCAUGUGGCCAAGGUGUGACGAUGAAAAGCUCGGAGCUACAAUGGCUAAAACAGCUCGAGUGUCCUUUUCUCAGGGAUUUGGGUGCAGUGGAUGCUCAGGUGCGAUGCAGUGAGGCGACAUCUGGCUCAGCAGAGUGUUCCUACAACUUUUCUCUUCAUUCAGGAGAGGAUUCUGAUAGCUUCGACACUGAGGGGGACAGCGAGUCCUGUACGAGCGAGCAAGCAAGUCUGCUUCUUGCUCAGAUGCAGCUGCCAUUUUCUGUGGAUGGCAUUGUGUCACUAAGCCGCAACGACUUCCAGCAGAUGCUGAAGACACAGCGGCUGACACGUGAACAGCUCGAUUUUGUGCAUGAUGUGCGGCGCCGCAGCAAAAAUCGCAUCGCCGCUCGCCGCUGCCGCAAGAGGAAACUGGAUUGCAUCCACAACCUGGAGUGUGAGAUUGAAAGACUUCAGAAUGAAAAGGAAAAGCUGGCUGCCGAGAAGCGGCAGCUGGACGAGAUGAGGCUGAAGACAUGGGAGAAUUACUCAGUUCUGUAUGACAAGCUGUGUGCUGAGGCCAAACUGCAGCCUGAGCAGCUACAAGUGUUUGCCAAGUAUACCUCUAUGGCAGAGUGCCCUUUCUCUGCCCACCUGUCCACCAAAGCGCAGCUCUACCACUGCUCUGAGCAUGAGCUCCAAACCUUGGCAUCAUGUUUUGGCUCUGACACUGGUAUCUUCGAACCUAGCACCUCCACCACAUCUGCCAACACUCAGAAUCGUGCAGCUUCUAAUCUCCAAUCUACUGAACACAGGGAACAGCAUGACCACGUCCAUGUUUCCAGACCAAAUUAGUAAACUUGACACAGAUAAAUCCUAAGGUGCUUCCUUUUAUAUUAAAUGUAAAGCAAGAACUUAAAAGUCUUCUUUUUUUUUCGUUUGCUACAGAAAGCAAACAUUUGUUAUUGACAACAAGGGUCUAUAUUUUUAUGGUUUGUUGAUUCUUUUCACAAUGAAUUUGAUGUCGUUCUCAGUGUUGUUCACGUUUUACCAAACCAAAUGAUAUUUUUUUAUACUUCUAAUGUAGAUACUACUUAAUUACACUCCUAUGAACUUUCCAUUAUGUUACUUCUUAACCAUUCUGAUAUUUUGAUUUAUGAACUGGUAAUUACAAAUAUUGCAUUACUUUAUACAUUAUAUUGCAUUAAUUACAGUGUACAGGUGGCACAGCUAUAUGUACAUUUUGCUAUUGUUUUCUAUUGUACAGUGUUAUGUACAAGCAAAAACUUGGCUACAUAUAUUGCUUCAGCUGACUGUUCUAUUGGCACAAUUUUCUAGUAAUUCAAAACUAAUGAUAACAGGGUAACAUGCUGCUAAAUACAUUUUAUUCUCUUUCAAAUCAGAAUAUAAUAAAAUACCUUAGGCAAACACCUCUUUGCAGUUUUCUUAUAAAACGGAUCAAUAAAUAGUUUUUGAUCUUGA